GUAGAGUGCUUUAGUGUUAUUCACCAAACUUUACUAUUUCUGGCUGUGAUUUAGUACAUACAGUUUUACAUGACUGCUACGUAUGGCGUACUUAUUUCACUGAGGCCAAGCUUAGUUAAGGCCACGCCCACCUCUUCCCUAGCCUGCGGUGUGUAGGCAUCCCGUCUGGACAUAAAAAUGAGCUGGUAUGACGACUCAUAACAGUGUCCCGUCGCCAACUCAGUCUCUCUGGUUUAUUUUUUUUUUUUUUCGGAGGGGGGGGGGGGUGCGUUUUCUUGGUUAACUGCUGCCGCGAUAGGUUCCACACUAUUUAAAGCCCCUCUCGCAAUCAGCAACCUCCGCAAACGUUGCUCUGCUGACGUCCGUGACCACUUUCUUCCCCUCCCCCACUUCCAGCGGGGGCAACCGCCGAAAGUUGUCCAUCGCUGCCGCUCUGCUGGGAGUGCAGCCGUUCGUGUUUCUGGACGAGCCGUACGCGGGGGUGGACGUCGUGUCGCGGAACAAGAUCUUCCGAGCCGUCGCAGAGAUGAAGAAACGCUUGCAGACGACCUUCGUGCUCACGUCGCACAACAUGGAGGAAUGCGAGUUUUCUUGCGACCGACUCACCAUCAUGGUCGACGGCCAAAUGAUGUGCCUGGGCACGCUGCAACACCUGCGCGAGAAGUUCGGUCAGGGCUACCGAGUCGAGUUCUUCCUCGAACCGACUGUCGCUGUUGACGAAGUCAAGCUCAAGCAAGCUGUGCACAAACUGUUUCCCGGCAUUCAACUCAAGGACGCCCAGAAGAACCUGCUUAGCUACCACCUGAUGGAGCGUAUUCCAUGGAGUGAGCUGUUCACCAAGGUGGCGCGUCUCCAGAAAAAGUUCCCCUUCGAACACGCCCUCAUCGGCGAGAACACACUUCAGGACAUCUUCUUGAACUUCGCCAAAGCACAAGGAAGCCUCCCUGUUCCGGGCUAUGCCGCUGUGGUAGACGUUGGUUCACCCUCCAACACAAAAUCUGCCACCACGCCUUCGACACCAACGGCAGCUGCAACGUAGACCCGACUACAGCUUCUGCAAAUUGCUCCGCGGGUGAAGCAAUAAAGGCUUUUCUGGCGUGAAAUGCUUUGAGCUCAAUACUUUUUCGAUGCUUGAUUGCACUAUAUC